AUGGAGUGGGACAAAGAAAACGUUUGUUUACUAAUCGAUUUAUAUCGAGAGAAACCUGUGUUGUGGGAUCCCACCAAUCCCGACUAUAAAAAUAGGAACAGAAAACAUGACGCUUGGGGUGCAAUAGCGGCGACAAUGGAUAUGUCUCGGGAUGAGGUUGAAGGGAAAAUGAGAAAACUCAUCGGACAGUUCAACAGAGAAAGUAAGAAAGGAAAAUCGGGUUCGGGGGCUGAUGAAGUAAAUCGGAAAUGGUUUGCGUACAAACUACUUUUAUUCUUAAAGGAUAAAAACUUACCCAAUCACUCCCGAGAAGCUGGUUUUGCCGAUUCGCAAAAAGAAACUGAUGAGAGUCAAAAGUUCCUACCGGAGAAUACUUUGACGCAGUACUUGGAUUUCUCCUUAGAAAGUUGUACUGACAGAACAAUUGACAUUGAAGACGAGGAAGAUGGAUCUGUUAACCCGGAUGAUAAUACCCUUACAGACAGUGCAACUACUAUUGUCAGCGGGACAACAAAAGAAACUUUAAAGAAAGUACCGUUUAGUUAUGGCACACAAACUACCGGUACCAAAAAAAGGAAAACUAUGUAUGAAAUGGCUAAUGAGGCGUAUAUUACAAUGAAAUCAAUGGAAGGAAGAGCAAAUAUGUCAGUGCAAAGAGAUGAAUAUGAUGCAUUUGGAGAGUAUGUUGCACAUUCUUUGCGGAAUCUGAAAACUAAACAUGCCAAAGUUAUGGUGAAGCAUGAAAUUAAUGCAUUACUUUUCUAA